AUGUCGAGAAGAAGAUGGGAGUCCUAUAUAUUUAAUAGUAUCCUCGCUACCCGAAAGAAAUUCGGUUGUGAGCCCUCACGAGAAUACAUUUAUGUGGAUGGUAACUCUAAUGCCGUCUCCGCCCCAGGUGAUUCUGGAGCUCUAAUCUGUGAUAUUGAUGUCGUAGCUGAAGAAAAGGAUUUUGGAGACAGAGCUCUUGUACUUAUAACCAUAGUCUUAGGCGCAGAAGAGAAUUAUGGAGUAUGGAACACAGUAGGUUAUGCGACUCCAAUCAAUAUUGUUCUGAAAGAUAUUGAGAACUUUAUGAAUUGGGAUAGUGGUAGUAUAAAAUUCUGUGAAGAACCGGAAGAAGAAUAG